AUGCAAAAAAAUACAGAAGUUAUGAGUUCCCUUAAACAAAAACUCGAUGAGCUCUACCAAUGCAGGGAUUAUUUGACUGUAGAAGAAUACACAAAAACCAAACAAGCAAUAUUGGACCAAUUUAUUGGAGAUGUCGUCUGGCUUUUGAAAGUUCAUCCAGAACAUGAAGGACUUACUGAACUGAAAUUCACUACAGAAGUUAAAAACACCACUUCUGGCUUUAAAGUUUACAACAAAUUCGAAACUUACGAUACAAGUGAUGCACUAUUCAUAGACUUGGCUAGUAAAUAUCGUCGUUGGUUUAACCUGACACUUCCGUUUAAAAUGAAGAUUCCGGAGAAACGACUGAUUGGUGACAAGUUUGCUUUGAAGAUUUUCGAUCAUUCUGGAUUCGGAGAAGUGGUUUGGUGA